UCCUCAAGUUCAACCAAGCUCACGGGAAAACUUUUCCUCUCUCCUGGUCAUUAUCACGCUGAACACCCAGCAGACACGACCGCGUUUGAGUGUUUUUGGAUUUAAUUUUUAUUGCGCGCUGUUAAUCCGGCAACAAGUGGAGUCAGCAUGUCCCUGGCGGAUCAGCAGUGGUGUCCCACAAGCGUCCAGGUAACGGUGCUCCAAGCCAGAGGCCUCAGGAUAAAGGGGAAAAGCGGCACUAACGAUGCGUACGCGGUCAUGCAAGUGGGCAAGGAGAAGUAUCAGACCUCGGUGGUGGAGAAGAGCGUGGCACCGGUGUGGAAGGAGGAGGCCGCUUUCGACCUGCCGCCGCUGCUGCAACAGGGCGGAGGAGGAGGAGGAGGAGGAGGAAGAGGCACGGAGCGAUCCACCCUGCACGUCCAGGUCUUGCACCGGGCCCUGGUGGGUCCAGACAAACUGCUGGGACAGGCUGUCAUCAACCUGCUGCAGCUCAGUGAGGACAAAAGCCGUAACAAGACCGAAUGGUUUAAGUUGCUAGACAAGACUGGCAAGGCAGACAAAGACAGAGGAGAGGUGCUUGUCGAUAUCCAGUUCAUGAGAAACAACAUGACCGCCAGCAUGUUUGACCUCUCUGGUGCCGGCAAAUCCAGGUCUCGCCUGGGCAAGUUCAAGGACAAAGUUCGUGGCAAGAAAAAGGAAUCAGAUGCUGUGUCCACUGUGGUGCCAUCCUUUACUCAGGUUCUGACAGACAGCGAGGAGGACGGAAACGGGGAGGGUGAGGUAGCUGCGUGCAAGGACGAGAAAAAGAAGAAACACAAGAUGAAGUCUUUGUUUUCUACCAAGUCUAACCUGCAGAGGAACAUGUCUCAGUCUAUGUCUGUUCUGCCUGCAAAGAACUCCUCGCUGAGCGGCAGCCAGUCUUCUGGUCUAAACGUGGAUUCUUCUGAAGGUAAAAAGAAGUUCAAGUUCAUGAUACACAAACGUUCAGGCAGCUCAGACAGCAAAGAUUCCUCCUCUGGUCACCAAAAACAUGGCGCUGCAGAACAGAGUAACUUGUGCAUCAAUGGCAGUCAUGUAUACUGUGAAGAGCCACCGCCACGGACCUCACGUAUCGGCUCCAACUUUAGUUUGGCCAGUUCAGGCCACGGAUCCAUGGAAGACGUCCCUGAAAGCUCUCCUCCAUCUGUUGAUUCACUGAGGGCAGAAGAGACGGCUGAAGUAGAAAAUAUAAAAGAGGACGUGGGUGAACGUAGAAGGGAGGAAGAGGAAAGGAUUAGGAUGGAGGAGGAGAGGAGGAGAAAAGAAGAGAAGGAGAGGAGCGAGAGAGGACGGGAGAAGGAAGAGAGGCUCAAGAGAGAGCAGAGACAGGAGGAAGAGGAGAGGAGAAUUUGAGGAAGAAGAAAAAAGCAAAGAGAGGAAGAGGAAAAGAUUAGGAAGGAGGAGGAGAAGGCUCAGGAAGAGAGGAGGAGACAGGAAGAAGAGGAGAGGGCUAGAAGAAAAGAAGAAGAGCGUGAAAGAUUAGCAGAGGAAAAGAGGAGACUAGAGGAACAACAAAGAAUGAGAAUUGAGGAAGAAGAAAAAAGGCAAAGAGAGGAAGAGGAAAGGAUUAGGAUGGAGGAGGAGAGGGCUCAGGAGGAGGAGAGGGCUCAGGAAGAGAGGAGGAGACAGGAGGACGAGGAGAGGGCUAGGAGACAGGAAGAGCGUAGAGUAGAAGAGGAAAAGAGGAGACUGGAGGAAGAAGAAAGAAGAAGGUUUGAAGAAGAGAAAGUUAGAAAGGAAGCAGAGGAGGGGAUUAGGAGGGAGGAGGAGAGGGCCCAGGAAGAGAGGAGACGAGAGGAAGAGGAGAUGGAGCAUGAGAAAAAGAGAAAGCUAGAGGAACAAGAAAAAAGGCAAGAGGAGGAAAAGAAAAGGAUUAGGGAAGAGGAGGAGAAAGCUAGAAAGGAAAAGGAAGAAUAUGAGAGAUUGGCAGAGGAAAAGCAGAAACAAGAGGAGGAAGAAAGGAAAAGGGUUGAGGUAGAGGAGAAAAUUAGAAAGGAGGAAGAGGAAAGGGCAAGGGUGGAGAAGGAGAGGAGGAGGAAAGAAGAGGAGGAGAAGGUUAUGAGACAAAAAGAAGAACAUGAGAAGUUAGCAGAGGAAAAGAGGAGACUAGAAGAACUAGAAAGGAGGAGAAUUGAGGAAGAAGAAAAAAGGCAAAGGGAGGAAGAGGAAAUGAUUAGGAAAGAGGAGGAAAGGAAACAAAAGGAAGAAGAGAGGGCUAGGAAGGAAAAGGAAGAACAUGAGAGAUUGGUAGAAGAACAAAUGAGACAAGAGGAACAAGAGAGGAGAAGAAUCGAGGAGGAGGAAAGAAUUAAAAAGGAAGAGCAGGAAUGGAUAAGGGUGGAGGAAGAGAGAAAGAGGAGACAAGAGGAAGAAGAAAAGAGGAUUAUUGAGGAAGAGGAGAAAAUUAGGAGGGAAGAUAAAGCUGAAAAGGAUAGGAAAGAAGAGGAGGCCAGGAAGCUGGAGAAGGAGAAGUUAACAAGAGAUGCAGAAGAACAGAAGAAGAGAAAGAAUGAAACGAAACACAAACCUGCAGCGGUGAAGUCUAAAGUGGAGAGCCCUGCAGAAGUCACCUCUACCAAUCCAUUUGAUGAAGACUUUUCAAAUAAUCCCUUUGAGGAUGCUGCUGAAAUAUCAACUGUCCAACAAAGGAAUCAAUCUGCUGAAUCAUCAAAGGGAAGUAAGACUGCUUCCACUGAUGAAAAGGAUCUUAUUAGUGCUCAACGAAAGAAGCUACCAGCUCCUAAGCCUCCAGGAAGAAAUCCAGCAGAGAGACAGACUCAGAGGGAGCAGGACGGAUCUACGCGUCAUCUGGCACAAAUUAACAAGCAGAGCAAAGACAAAGACGUCAAAACCGUCAGCGUUCCCCCUCGGCGCUCUGUGCAAAUGAUCGCUCCUCUGAGUAGGUCUCCCAAAGAUGCAAAGAACACCCAGAGCUUGACUCAAAGUAGUGCAACCAAAGGAACAACAAAUGUUGCCAAACACAGUAAACGUCUGGCACCGACUACACCUCGUUCUGUGGAAGAAGGGCCUUCCUCUGAACCCAAAACGGUCUCGUCUUCAGGUGGCAAAGAAUGUGGCUCAGAGGCAAAACAAGAGAUUGUUUAUGGCUUAAAUCCAUUUGAAGACGAUGAAGAUGAAAAUGAUCUCACAGCCCAAGAUGGUGCAACAACUCAUACUGGUCCAGUACAGUGGCCUCCAGUUGUGUCUCAGGCUGCUGAUAAAGAUGCCUCCUCUGAGGCAAAAAUCAAAUCCUCAAAGAUGGCCCAUGCUCCCCCGCUUCCUGGAAAGAAAGCCGCCACGUCGGGCACUGCAAUCAACCAAAGCACUGAGGAAAGCCAUGUGACAGAUAACAGUGUAACGCAGCCAUGUGACCCGAACCAUCUCCAAGAGAGUCCACUACGAGAGUCCCAGCCAGUGCAGAGUCCUGGGGAGGAGGCAGGUGGGAAGAAAGAGGGGCCUCCUACAACUUCGCGCAGGCUUCAACCUGUAAAACCCCUUAAUCCUCUGGGACAGCAGUCUGUCUCAGUUGUUCAAGGGGAAAGAGAUAACAAAUCCACAGAAAUCCUUUGUGAACUUCAGGAGAAAACAAAGGUAAAUGACACUGAGCUGAAAGGGCCGUACUCCCAGCUGACUCGAGAGGAACUCAUCUCUCUGGUGCUUAAACAGGAAAAGCAGCUGUCAGAGAAAGACAAAAAGAUAUCAGAGCUCGAGCAGUACAUUGACAACUUGCUUGUGCGUGUCAUAGAAGAGCAACCGAGUAUUCUCAUGUCCAUGAACUCUCUGAAGAAACCUGUCUAGGUGGAUGCACAGCUGACACUUUAUUUCCAGUGUAAAAGCUUAGGUUGACAAGGUUUGAACAGUUUAGAGUUUAAGUUUCAACAAAUUGGCAAAUGAAUGAUGAAGAUGGAAAUAUAUUUUGUAAAAUAAAUCUUGCAGUGGCUGUUGCAGCUUUCAGCCUUUAAAUUGGGGGAUUAAGUCAACAUAAGUACAAAUAUAUAUUCUACAUUUUCUAAAUAUUUAGCUAUUUUUGACACUUUACUACAGUAUGUAAAUGUGUGACAUUGAAACAACCUCUUUUUAUGCAUUUGUGGUGAAUAUUUUCACGGUGAGCAUAAAAUUCUGUCCAAAAAUGACUGAUAAAUGUCAAAUGUUGCCAACAUGUCAAACUUAAUCACUGUAUAUGGUAAAAAAAUAAAUAAUAUGCAACUGUUAGCUUCCUAUCCCCUGGAGAUAUCUCCAGCGUAAAGAAGAGCCUUAUUUUACUGUCAAAAACUAUGCACUAGUAUGUAGAUGGACGUUUCUUGCUCUUGUACUGAAUGUCAAAGUUUACAUGAUUCUACUAACCCCCAAAGGCACUUUACUCAGCUUACACUAUUAACAUGAUGUACACUGAAUUACUGAACUGUACUGAGGUUACUGCAUUAUGGUCUUAAAAUAUGCAUAAUAAAAUAAACUUUGUUCUGA